AUGGCACAGGGAAAGGUUUGCCUCGCCUACUCCGGCGGUCUCGAUACCAGCUGUAUCUUGAAGUAUCUCAUCGAGGAGGGCUAUGAGGUCGUCUGUUUCAUGGCCGAUGUUGGCCAGGAAGAGGACUUCGAGGCUGCCCGUGAGAAGGCCCUGAAGAUUGGUGCUCUCAAGUGCGAGAUUGUUGACAUCCGCCGCGAGUUCAUCGAGGAGCUUUGCUUCCCCGCAAUUGCUUGCAACGCCGUCUACGAGAAUGUCUACCUGCUCGGUACCUCGCUAGCUCGCCCCGUUAUCGCUCGUGCCCAGAUCGGUGUCGCCCAGCGCGAGGGCUGCUUCGCCGUCUCCCACGGCUGCACUGGAAAGGGUAACGACCAGGUCCGCUUCGAGCUUGCCUUCUACGCCCUCCAGCCUGACAUUAAGGUCAUUGCCCCGUGGCGCGACCCCGUCUUCUACGAGCGGUUCAAGGGCCGCCAGGACCUGCUCGACUACGCCGAGGAGAAGGGUAUUCCCGUCACCUCUACCAAGUCUAAGCCCUGGUCUAUGGAUGAGAACCUUGCUCACUGCUCCUACGAGGCUGGCAUCCUGGAGGACCCCGAUACUACUCCUCCCGCCGACAUGUGGAAGCUGACCCAGGACCCCCUGACCGCCCCCGAUCAGCCCGAGGACUUCACUCUGUACUUCGAGAAGGGUGUCCCCGUCAAGCUUGAGUACACUGAGGCUGGCAAGCAGAAGGCUGUUACCGACUCCGUCGAGCUCUUCCUCACCGCUAACGCCAUUGCCCGCCGUCACGGUGUUGGCCGUAUCGACAUCGUCGAGAACCGUUUCAUCGGUAUCAAGUCCCGCGGCUGCUACGAGACCCCUGGUCUCACCUGCUUGCGAUCUGCCCAUCUUGACCUUGAGGGUCUUGUCAUGGACCGUGAAGUCCGCGCCCUCCGCGAUUCUUUCGUAACCUACAACUACUCCAAGCUCCUGUACAACGGCAUGUACUUCUCCCCCGAGCGCGAAUUCCUCGAGUCUUCCAUCACCGCCUCUCAAAAGUCCGUCAACGGCCAGGUUCGCUGCCGUGCUUACAAGGGCACCGUUUCCAUCCUCGGUCGCUCCUCUGAGACUGAGAAGCUCUACGACAUGAGCGAGUCCUCUAUGGAUGAGAUUGGUGACUUCUCUCCAGCCGAGACCACUGGCUUUAUCAACGUAUCUGCCAUUCGCCUCAAGAAGUACGGUCAGAUGAAGGCCGCCGCUGGCGAGAGAUUGUAA